UGCCGUGCUGUCGUCAUCAAAUCGCGCACGAGGCUGCUCAUGCUUACAAGCAGAACGUGAGCUACUCAGGAUCUCAGGACGCGAUUGUUAUUUAAUAGCUCCAGCUAUGAGGGAGACGCCUUUAUCGAACUGCGAGAGAGACUUUCUCCUUAAAUCCAUUCAGGAAAAGAAGCGUUUGGAUGGAAGGCAAACCUACGAUUACCGCAAUAUUAAAGUAACGUUCGGUACGGAUUACGGCUGCUGUACGGUCAUCCUUGGGAAGACGAGGGUGCUCGCUCAGGUAUCAUGUGAGUUGGUUCCUCCAAAAGAUUCCCGUCCCACUGAAGGCAUCAUGUUUUUUAACUUGGAGCUUUCUCCCAUGGCAUCGCCUGGCUUUCAGUCCAACAGACAGUCUGAGUUAUUAGUGACGCUGAACAGGCAGCUCGAGAGAUGUCUGAGGAACUCCAGAUGCAUCGACAUGGAGUCUUUGUGUGUGAUCUCAGGAGAAAAGGUUUGGCAAAUCCGCGUUGACGUUCACAUUCUAAAUCAUGAUGGGAAUCUGAUGGACGCUGCGAGCGUUGCAGCCAUUUCAGCGCUCUGUCACUUCAAAAGGCCUGAGGUCGCCAUCCAGGGUCGAGACGUCACUGUGUUCGGCCCAGAAGAAAGGGAUCCAAUUCCGCUGAGUGUUUACCACAUGCCUAUUUGUGUGAGCUUCGCCUUCUUCCAGCAGGGCUCGUAUUUGCUGGUGGAUCCGUGCGAGAAAGAGGAGCUGGUCAUGGAUGGACUCUUGGUCUUGGCCAUGAACAAACACAGAGAGAUCUGCUCCAUUCAGUCCAGCGGAGGCAUCAUGCUACUCAAAGACCAGGUUCUGAGGUGCAGCAAAAUAGCAAGUGUGAAAGUGUCAGAAAUCACAGAGCUCAUCACUAAAGCCCUGGAAAAUGACAGACGAGCCAGGAAAGAAGGUGGCAAGUUCGGCUUCGCCGAGUCUGUAGUAAAAGAGCGGAUCACAGUCCUGACGAGAGAGGAAGCGCCGUUGGACACGAAGGAUAUCCAGGCGACAGCUGACGGCAUCAUCGGCAGUGCGGACGUUCCUCCUGAAGUCGUUCCCUCCCCUGUCAUUGUUGCCACGGGAACUGGACAGGUAGGGGAAGGGCUAGAGAACACAUGGGGUUUGGAAGAAGAUGACGAUGAAGAGGAAAUGUCUGACAUACCCGAGCGGAAGAAAAAGGAAGAUGAAGUGAUGGUCCUCUCAGACAGCGAGGAAGAAGAAGUUGUGAUUUUGAAUCAAGACGGCCAAACCAAACGCUCGCAACGCUGAAGAGGAAACGAAGCUGUAAGAAGGACCAGCGUUCCACUCGAGCUGGUGUUUCCAGCCUGUCAAGCUGCCUUUCUGAUCACUGCCUUUUGUUCGAUCAAAUUGAUCGGUUCUUGGGCAUCAAAAAGAUGGCACAGAAAAGCUAAAUAAAUGUUUCUUUCUUUUUUUUGUUUUUACAUUAUAUAUUAAAACUAUUUGAUUCAAUGUA